AUGACAGCGCACGGUGACCAUAAUCAUUCUAUUGAUUUUCAAAUUAAUGAUUUUAUAAAUGAGUAUUUGGAUUACAAAGGAUACAAUGAAACUGUUUCGAGUUUCACAAAAGAACGAAAACAACGUGAAGAACCAAUUAGAAGUUUUAGCAAUGGCGCAGAAAAACACGAUGAACAAAAUAUUGCGAUGAAAGAUGAAAUAAUUCAAUAUUUAGACAAUGGUCAUCGUAAAGAGUUUUUUCGACUCUGGUCUGAACACGUACCAGCGAAUGUUAUUGAUGAAGAUCCAUCGCUAAAAGCUCUUGAAUUUUUGCUCUAUGCUCAUUUUGCUAUAUAUCAUUUGAAGCCUGGUCACAAUCAAGAUGCAGAUUUAGCCAAAGAAAAUAUGCAAAUAUUAGAAGCAUAUAUGGACUCCAUAAAAGGCCAAGCAAUAUCACAAACAAAUGACAUAUUACCGUUAUUUGCAUUGCCGUUUGUCCCAUCGCCCGAAAAACAUUCAUCGUUUCAAGAAUUAUUCUCGGAUAAUUGGCCGUUGCAACUGAAGAAAAAAUUAGAAAAUUUUCUAGAUUGGCUAUUUUCAAGACGUUCGUUACCAAAACUAGUUGAAUUACUUCAAAAUGGUGAACGCGCUUCGCAUUUAUUAACACAAUUAAAUAAUGAAACAGAAGAAUUAAAACAUCGAAAUCGUGAAACAAAUAGGCAAAUUAAACAUUUGUCUACAGAUUAUUGCAAUUUAAUAAGUAUCACAAUGGAACUUGUUGAAACGUUACAAAAAGCAAUUGUUGGCCGAACAAUUACAAAUGAAUACAUUGACAAUGUUUGUGCACGACUAGGUUUACAACGUUUGAGAGAGUCCAUACCAAUAACAAAAACUGGAAAUAAUUUACGCUUAGGAGUUGAUGAUCCAUUCACAGAAAAACUUGAUUAUGUAAAAAUAAAACGCGAUAUUAUUCUUACAACACCACGACAAAAAUCGUUGUUAUUACAAGCACUACGAUGGAAAUUAACAAAAGCUAAAACAGAUUUUAAACGAGAAAAAUUGCUAGAAUGUUAUAUAACAAAUGAUUUACUUGGUUGUCGUUCGGAUCAACAACAACGUCAACGAGUUAUUACUGAAAUAUCACAACCAUCACCAACAAGUGAUAAUAAUGUUAAAGAAGAGUGGGCAAGAUUAAUCAAUACCAUAGCAUCUUUAAGAAAGGGACGCAGUUAUUUAGCGCCAAAUGAACAAUUAAUAAUUCGAAUGCAACAAGUUGCUACAGCUGAAAUUAAUGAUACACCAACAAAACAACAUUUAUUAGCUGCAUUACAAAAAUUAAGUUUAAGAACAAGUGGUAGACGAAAAUGUGCAGAAAUAUGUGAACAAGCAAUUAAUGUAUUAUCAUCAUUGUUGACACAUCGAAACUAUGAAACUCGUCCUUAUGUAAACAGUUCACUUUAUUCAAUAUUAACAGUGAGAUCUGUUCGAGAAAAAGCAAAAGAUUUGAAUUUGGAUAAUCGUCUUCGUUCAUUAAUUCAAACAGAAAAAACAAAUGAAACAAAAGGACAAUUAGAAUUUCUAUUAAAACUUCUAUGCGAAGGAGAUAUGGAUGGAAAUCAAGCUUCCGAUAAUGAAUAUGAAGAUAAUGAUGAUGAAGAUCAAGAUGUGAUGGAAGCCGAUUUAGAUCAUGGAGAUAAACUGAAAGCAAAUAAUCAAGAAUUAAGUGGUGAACAAUUGAUGGUUCAACAAUAUGGUCCAAAAAGUACUUCGAACAAUAGUAACAGUAAACCGUACAAUAAUGCUGUUUACUCAUCAUCUGAUUUUAAGUCAAAAACAAUGACUGAUCAUCGUACACCGCUCGAUCCAGUCCUGCAUCGACCAACUACUCCUGGCCAGUUACGACACUCAAUAGCUGCACAUAAUUUCGAUAGUUUAACAACAACAACAGGUGUUUUCAGUUCACAAAGUGGAGGUUUCUCUACAGCUACAAAACAACAAACAAUAAAUAAAAAAUCAUUGUCAGCAAGUGUAUCGCCAGCUAUUGGAAAACAACCAGUCAUACGAACAAAUUCAACAACAUCAUCAGGAGAAAAAUCAAUAGUCGAUAAUGGUGGUGGGGGUAAUGAUACAACAACAUCAAAAAAAAUACGACCAAACUCAGCAACAAAAACAGAGACAAAUGCACAACGAACUUCAAAUACCAACAAUCAUAAUCCAUCAUCUAAAAGUCGAUUGGAUUCAAGUAUACAAUCAUCACAAUGGAAUAGAACAACAAUUAAUAAUAGUAAUAAUAACCAUAAGUCAACAUAUGAGACGCCAGUUAUGGCAUUCGCUGACAGUGCUGCAUUGAGCACACAUUUAUCGGUCGAUGAUUUAGAAACUUUAACAGAAAACAUCAAUGUAAAAACAAAUCGAAGUACGAAUGGUGGUCCAACAUCUCCACCAUUACCGGCAUUUUCACUCAGCAAUCCUCGUUCGAGUUCAUCAGCAUCAUUACGAUCAUCGUCCUCCUCAACAGCGCUCGAAUUAAGUGGUACACCAUUGAAUAAUGUUAAAAAAGGUGGCAAAACUUCUAAUCAGUGA